AUGUGGCGGUCCACCCCGUUCGAUAAAAUUGGAUGGGAUAACGUUGAACAACAUUACAAGGAUGCCCUCAUGAACCACUUACGGGAAAAUUUCAAUUUUGAUGAAGUGGAACGUGAUAUAGAGGCCAAAAACUUGACGGGUGGCAUUAGGGCUGUGCUUAUGAAGCGGUACUCUGACCGCAAGCACGAUGCUAAAAAAUUAUUUAAGAGCAAGGGAGGUUACAAUGAUCUUGAGAGUGCAAGGGCAUUCCAUCCCCCGGAUAUGCCCUAUGAUAACUGGUUGAGAACCAUCGAAGGUUUCCGGGAAGAAAAAUAUAUUAAAAGAAGCAAGGCCAACACACUAGUACGCGAGAAACAACAAUUCCCAUACCGUGGGGGGGACAUCUUCGUACGGUAGCACCGCCUAUAAAAAUGUAAUGUUUUAUGUAUGUGUGCGUGUGUGUAAGCUUUUGUUUAUUUAAUGUCUAAUCUAAGUUUAAUGUUAAACAGGAUAUGGAUUGGGUACCUACGUAUGCUAAAA